AGCAACAAGAGAAAAUUAUGAUCGCGCACGCGCAAAGAAGGGGGAACAGAGGAACUGAAUUCUCCUGAACACCGGAAAGGAUGCAAUGGUCGUGGCUAGUUCGCUAGCAAGCUCGCGACUGUUUCUUAGAAGCAGUUUAAUAUAUGAGCAAACCGAACCUUUUUUUUUUUUACCAGAUUUUAUGUUUUCACCGUUCAUUAUAUUGGUAUCUCUUUAUAGGCAAUAAUUUGUGGUGAUAGAGGAAAUAGGUUUUGUAACGCAUCGAGCUUACCAGUCGAUCACAAUGUCGACCCGUAUCGCAUUCCAAACCCAGCUAGCCUCAAUCAUGGAGGUCUUGGCGAACGCCGCCGUGGCAGAGAUCUGCAAGCUGGUGGACGACGAUUACGCGGUCGUAAGUUUGCAGAUGUCCCAAUGCCAAAGGGAAAACAAAGCUCUCAAGAGAAAAUUGCAUUUACUGGAGUUGAAGAUGGCCCGAGGAAGCGCCGAGAGGAGGCUGCGCGAAAGCGCCCUGAAUAGCCGUCCCAACAGCAGAUCACACUUCAACAUCACCGAUAAAUACCGUGGAUUGUCGACAUCCACUAGCAGCGUUUUUGACAGACAGAUGAACAUGGGGUUGUGGCCUGACGGGUCGUCAACUAGCAGUCCAAUCAGCAACCCGAUGCAUCCUGAACCUAUCCGAGAUGAGACAGUAGUAGUGCAGCUGAUGGAACCAGAUACCCUAAUGGUGAAGGAAGAGAGGAUGGACGACCCAGACCAAGUACAGCUCAUCGGAGAGGAUGGAGUGGUGGAGUGUGGCCCUCGUGGUGGAACGCGGCCCAGCCCCCAGGACUCCUUGUCAGUCUCCAUCCAGACCUCAGACCCCCUCCCUCAGCCCCAGCAGUCUCACCCAGCGCCCCGGAGCCGGAGCCAGGCCAGCCACAGAGACAGAGGACUGGAGGUCAGUGGAUCCUCAACUCUCCUUAAAACUGACAAUGACUCUGAAAUCGCAGAGGGCUCUGCUCCUUUGGGACCACUGACCAAUCCCAGCGCCACGUUCGAUGUGUUUGACGAGAGCGAGGGCUCGCUGGUGGGGGCAUUCUUUAACGAGGAGGAGGAGGGUGAUGGGCGGCCAUCUUGUUCUUACGAGGCUGGAGGCGGGGCUUCAUCUGGGGACGGGGGGUUGUUUCAAACACUUCCGGGUUCGGGCGUCGUGAGCCGGCGGCGGAAACAGGAAGUUAUCGACGUGGAUUCUGAGGAAGGGGAAGAGCUGCUGGACUGGGACGGUCGGGAGAUUCCGGUACAAAUCAGAACUCACGGUAACCAUGGGAACGCGCCGGCCGUCCCACAGCCUCCUCACUCUCUGGCGAGGUCCAAUGACCCUGCGUUGCCGUCGACGUCCGACAUGAACGGUUGGGGGCGCGGCGGCAACUUCUCCGGCUUCCCCUUCAAGGGAGAGGGCGCAGGGGGAGCGAUGAAGACUCUCCACAGAACAAGCACCAGAGAGAAGCUCUUCAUCUGCAACUUCUGCGGCAAGGCCUUCAACCGGCCCAAGAAGGUGGAGAUCCACCAGCGCGUCCACACGGGAGAGAAGCCGUUCCGCUGCGCCACCUGCGGGAAGAUGUUCUCCGAGGCGGGGAACCUGAAGAAGCACCAGAGGGUCCACACGGGGGAGAAGCCCUUCAGCUGCCAGCUGUGUGGGAAGGGCUUCGCCUGGAUACGCAACCUGAGAACGCACCAGCAGAGAAACCACCCAGACGUGUACACAGAGGACAUGGCCUGCUUCUCCCCUGCAGGUGUGGAGGUGGGGGAGGAGCCGGAUGUGCUACUGGUGAAGGUGGAGGAUCUGGAGGAGGGCCUACGGUCUCCAGGCCUGGGAGUCUGCAGCAGCAAACAGGGAUUGGUGGAAUCCAGCAAGGAUGACUACCAAGGAGCAAUACCAUUGGAUGACAGCCUGGCUCUGGCCAGCCAGCUUGGAGAACCUCAAGGGACCAGGCAGGGCUUGUCAGAGGUCAGCUAUGGCAGUGCGCCGUCGUAUGACACCUCAUCAGCCAAUCAGAUGUGGACAAAUGGGGACAGUUGUCUUGACGAUUGUGUUGUAGUGCCUGGUCUGUCCUCCCUGCCUCAUCCCUUCCCAUCAGGCAUGCGGGACUUUGCCACAGAACAUUCUGGAGGCUUCUCCAAUGUCAUGCCAGUCAGGGGGGGGUCACAGGGUCUGGGGGGCUUUGGUGAACACAUGGAGGGGUCGUCCCAGGGUCAGGGUCAGGACAGGUACACGAACGGUAGGAAGAAGGCGGAGCGCAAGAGGCUGCAUCUGUGUAAGUUCUGUGGCAAAGGGUUCUCCGCCCCCGCAAACCUAGAACCGCACUUGAGAACCCAUACGGGGGAGCGGCCGUACGGCUGCGUUGUCUGCGGGAAGCACUUCUCCCAGGUGUGGAACCUGAAGAUCCACAUGAAUGUCCAUACCGGCCAGAGGCCCUACCAGUGCCCGCUCUGCCCCGAGCGCUUUGCCGACCCCAGCAACCUAAAGAAGCACCAGAAACGCCACCACCCCGCCCAGCAGCAGACACAACAGCCGGCCAUGUGACCAUAGGCCAGUCCCCCAGAGGGUUCCAGAACUCAGUACAUGGGUUCUAGAACUCAGAACAUGGGGCCAGUCCCCCAGAGGGUUCUAGGACUCAGAACAUGGGGCCAGACCCCAGAGGGUUCUAGAACUCAGAACAUGGGGCCAGUCCCCCAGAGGGUUCUAGAACUCAGAACAUGGGUCCAGUCCCCCAGACGGUUUUAUUACUCAGAACAUGGAUCCAGUUACCCAGAGGGUUCAAGAAAAUAGGAGUGACAGAGUUAUUCAAGGGUGUAGUCAGUGGGUAGUUCAGGCAGUUUUUUUUAUAUGAAUCUUGGGUUGGUUGUUUUAGUGGUUCAUUGCAAAGGCUUGGGUGUUCAAUGCAAAGGGUAGGGUCUGGUACUGUGGGAUCAUAUUUAUUAUCUUUUUAUCUAUUAAAAAAUGUUUUAGUUUGUAUGAAAUACUAAUUUUAUUUAGGACAUGAUUGACUUGACUUAAUGUAUAUCUAAAGCCUCAAUAAUUUUAACAUCAUGUCUACCAGAAGUAUGAAAACGCAACACCACCAAAAGGCAUAAAAGUAUAUUAAAAAUUCCUGUAGAUGAACAUCUUGUUAGUUGAGGAGGAAAGUAUUGUGUCUCAGUUUUCAGUGAGAUGUUGAAACAUGUCCUGGCAAUGUAUAUACUCGAAAAGAGGAUUAAAGCGUUCCUUUACCAACAAGUGAGUGAUUGAAUGUGGUUUGUUAUAUUUAUAUCAUUCUAUUUCAGGACAUUUCAACUUCUUAAACUGUGACACAAUUUUAUCACCUCAGACACACAUACACACACACACACACACACACUACACGCUACAGGAAAUGGAAGUA